AUGACUGGAAUAGGAUGGAUUAUAAUACUUAUAUCAUGGAUUGUGUCGGCGUUUUCUCUUACAAAUGCAGGUAGCCUUUAUAAGUUGAUAGUACCUAACACCUAUGUGGCCUUAUCUGGUGAUUUAAUGAUCAAAUACAUCCUACCAGGAAACGUUUCCUUGCCCAAUGCCUUUAUACGACUCUUUCACAUUAAUGGUGAGAAGCUGCUAGAAGUCACCAACUUAGCGUUACCACUCGGACGUAAGGAAGGGGAACUACCAGUAACCUGUGGUAUAGUGGAGUUUGCUGGUCGCUACGUAGCUAAGAUGUACAUGCAUGAUGGUGGAACAAUAUUGACAGAAACUCAGUUUGAUGUGUCUUGGCCGUCCAUUCAUUUAACAUUACCAGAUACUUACACAGCUUUGACUACCAGUGUACAGAUACAUAUCAGAUCUUCAGCGCAGUGUAAAUCCUUGUUACGCCGAGGAAAUUUUUUAAUCGACAUUUACCACGAGAGGCAGCCUGUUUCAGAUGGUAUUGAAACAAACACAUCAAAUCAUAUCACAAAUUUAACCAUAAAUGAUUUUACCAAAGACUUCGUACACGAGUUUCCUUGUAAUUAUUUUGACGUGGAUGGAUCUUAUCAAGCCGUUUUAAAAUCAACUUUGAAUUCUGGAACGGAGGUUACACGUAGUAAUAUCAUGACGACCGGUUGGAGUGAUAGCUAUAAUUUGAAUAUCCGUGUAGACAGUGUUUUUCCUUGUCCAAAUUUAUUCAAAAUCAUUUAUACAAGGCCGUCCUGUCCUUCUAAGGAUAAAGUCAGGAUGUACAUGUUACAAAGGCGAGCCUCGGGUUCGUUAGCAUCACCAUUAGAACGGAAGUACGUGUUAGAGAGAAGAAUUAGUCCGGAUGUGACGACAUUGAGAAUACCUUGUGGUUUGUUUAAUAAAACGUCUGCCGGAUAUUGUUUUGUGUAUGUCAGUGUUUCUAAACACGGCGAAGUUCAAGAACAGAAAGAAGUUUGUUUGGCAGCACACCCUGAUUCAGCUUUACCAAUAGAUGGAGGUUGGAGUAGCUGGUCCGAGUGGGGUCAAUGUUCUAAUUGUGGUAAUGGCAAGAGGGGUAGACACAGAUUAUGUGAUCAACCAACACCAUUGCACGGUGGUAGAUUUUGUAAAGGCGAAGCUUUCCAAUGGAAAUCAUGUUUUAAAUAUUGUCCUGAUUGGGUCCCAGAAACACCAUUAAAACAUAUCAAGAUUGAACCAAGUUGUAAAUGUGGUUGUAACAUUACCGAGGAAUCAGGAAAGAUUAUUGGAACUGGAAGGUGUUCUGGUUCAGCUGUGUGGCACAUCAGAACAAACUUAGCUAAAAGAAUUAAACUGACAAUGAAAUAUAUUAAUCUGUAUGGAGACCAUCAAGUGAUCACAGUGAGAAAUGGUGAUAAUAGACAAUCUGAUAUCCUUUAUUCGUCCACAGAAAAUACUCAUAUUCAGGAUAUAUAUUCCACAGGACAAUCUUUAUAUCUAGAACUUUUAUCCAGUAUUUCUAGUCAUAAUGAAACUAUAACCAAUAAAACUUUGCCUAUAUAUGUUCAUGGAUUUAUAGCAGCUUUUCAAACAGAAGCAGCACUACCAAGAUCUUCGUCCAUCACAAGAAGAAAACUGGCGUCUUUGUUAGACAGUUCAGCAGCUAUUUUUGGCAUUGCUUUAUGCGGCGUUAUAGUAGUGUUGGCCCUUGGCUUUGUGGCAUUUCAUAAGGUAUUCCAGAAAAAGCGCCAUAAAUACGCCAGGGCAGGAACCAGCAGCCCCGUCAGGAGUUUAGGUAGUCAUGGAAGUAUAGUGAUCCAUGAAAUAGACGACAUUCAAGCUCCGUUAACAGACGAACUUAAACGGAAACAAGUGACGCCUGUGAACGGCGUUUCUAGAAAGUCGUCAGUAGGUAGUGCAUGUAGUACGGGUAUAAAAAGAAUGUGUACAAAACCUGAUAUUGAAUCCGCCACGAACUCUUCAAAUAUCAGUUACACACCCUUAGUCGGUGCUAAAGAAACUGUGGACGUUCAUAAAAGCGAUAGCACAAAAAGUCCAUCCAUUAAAAAAUGGACACCAAAAUCACCACGAAGUCCGAGCCUGAGGAAAUCGCCCAGAAUACAUCCGUCCCCUAAAUUAAAACAUGUGCCGAAUAUAAAUCUGAAUGCCUCACCGGGACCUACAAAACACGAACUUUUAUCUCGGAAAAGACUGGAUGCAUCCAAAAGUGAAAAGAAUCGGACAGAACUCACUCCUGUAAAUUGUUCCGAAACGCGUGUUCUGCCUAUAGUUGAGUUCCAUCCACAACCGGCGCCCGUGGCUCAACCUGAAACGAUCUCGUUGGCUACUAUUCAAGAUAAAGACGAUUUAAAUAAGAAACACAAAGUUAAGAAGGAAACGACAUCGUUUAUCCAACCAGAAAAAUUAGAAAGACCAUCCUCGCUUACAAGUAAGCCGACAUCUCCACUAACUAAACCGAAAACUGAGAAUAGUAAACUCAAAACGGAGGAUAGUAAACCUAAAACGGAGGAUAGUAAACCCAAAACGGAGGGAAGUGAACAAAAGGAAUCUCUAGUCAGUGAAAGAGACACACUUUUACCGAAACCUGACGGACAAAGUCCCAAAGGUUAUCGUGAAGAGCAUCCUCUAUUGAAUAGUCCUAGUUCUUCGAAACCGAGUAAAACUAGCAGUAGCAGUCGAACUGGGAGCAAACUUACAUUAUCAUCACCAACUCAUAGUAUAACCCCAUCAGAGAUUGCUGUGGAAGGUUUAGAACUGGAAUAUGAUGACUUUAUUGACGAUGAUCCUCUAUCAUAUUUUGAUUAUGAGGAAAUGCAACGAUUAAAGUGGCAUGGUGCUGAGAAAUUAGAUAAAACGGUGAAAGAUGAUGAUUAACCAAAUCAUCUUUGGUAAUUGUCCUCUGGUCAUUAUGGUGCUAAAUUUAUAUUAAUAUUUGAUAUUCAUAACAUUUUAAAUGUGGACUCCGUGAACUUCUGUAAGAGCCAUUCACGAGGAAAUGUAGGACGUUUCGUUCAACUUUAAUCAUUAAUUAACGACAAAAUAUUAUGAAAUUCUCCGAAUAUCUAUAUUUGGGUACUUACCGAAAUAAUUUCUGGGUCAUUAAAAUUUGUUUAGUCUUUUAAGCCAAUUUUGAAACGCUUCAUCAUUGAGAAAAAUAUUUGGCUAUCCACUUCUCUUCACUUCUACUAUAUAUGUUGUAUAUUUAUUAUUUUAAUGUUAUUGUCAAAUGUCAAACAUUAUUUUUGAAGAUAUUAUAAGUUGUUUUGUUGGAGAGUGUAAAUCAAUUGUUAUGAAUUUAUAAAAUUCUAAGAAAGUG